CAGGCUGCUUCUGCAUGAGUCAACGCUGGGACAUCAUGGAGACAAUGAGAGGUCAAAGGUCAUGCAGGACUUUGAAUCAGUAGAUUUUAGAGACUCUUAGUUUUGGAUCCUUUUUGUGUCCACGUGUGGUUUGGAUCUUUGUAAUUAUGGGAAACUCAGCUGGAAGUGCAGAGCUUCCUCAGGUGAAGGAUGUUAAGGAGGGGAAGAUAUCCGGGCCGGACUCCAUGCUGCCCCAGAGACAAACAGCUGGACCCAAGAUCCCGAUGCCCCCCGAGCAGGAGCUGGAGGAGCGUUUCAGUGCGGUGCUGAGCACCAUGAACCUUCCUCCAGACAAGGUGAAGAUCCUCUCUCAGUACGAGAACGAGAAGAAGUGGGACCUGAUCUGUGACCAGGAGCGAUUCCAAGUCAAGCAUCCUCCGUCUGCUUAUUUGGAGAAGCUGAAAAGUUUUCUGGAUCACGGAGGAAACAGCCGGAAGUCUAAGAGGCGUGUCCAAGAGUCCACGCAGGUCCUCAGAGAGCUGGAGAUCUCCCUCAGGACCAAUCACAUCGGCUGGGCCCAGGAGUUCCUGAACGAGGAGAACCAGGGAUUAAACGUUCUUGUGGAUUAUCUUUCUGUUGCUCACAGCGCCGCCACGUCUGAGACAGAGACCGGGGACAACGAGACGCUGCCCUCAGACAAAAGAAAAUCUUUAGAAAGGUCCGUGGAAGAUCUGUCCAGGAGCGCCAGCAACUCGCCCACAAGCAAAGGAGCGGCGAGCAAAGGCUUCACGCUCAGGCGAGGUCAGAGGAGCUCUCAGAGUCAGAAGGACGACGUUCAUCUGUGCAUCAUGUGUUUACGGGCCAUCAUGAACUACCGGUCGGGGUUCAACCUGGUGAUGAAGCAUCCGAGCUGCGUGAACGAGAUCACCCUGAGUCUGAACGACAGGAACCCGAGGACCAAAGCUCUGGUUCUGGAGCUGCUGGCGGCCGUGUGUUUGGUGAGAGGAGGCCACGACAUCAUCCUCGCCGCCUUCGACAACGUCAAAGAGGUUUGUGGAGAGAGACGUCGCUUCGAGAAGCUCAUGGAGUAUUUUCACCAUGAAGACAACAACAUCGACUUCAUGGUGGCCUGCAUGCAGUUCAUCAACAUCGUGGUCCACUCGGUGGAGAACAUGAACUUCAGAGUCCACCUUCAGUACGAGUUCACCCGACACGGUCUGGACGACUACCUUGAGGCAAGCGUGACCUUUGACCCCCGGUCCUGGAUCUGUAGGUCCAAACUACGUUGGAUUGUUUUUCAGAGGUUGAAGUUCACGGAGAGUGACCGGCUGCUGGUCCAGAUCCAGGCCUACCUGGACAACGUGUUCGACGUUGGAGCUCUGCUGGAGGACGCCGAGUCCAAAAGCAACCUGCUGGAGCACCUGGAGGCGCUGCAGGAGCACAACACACAGCUGAGCUGCAGGCUGCAGGAGGCCGAGAAGGAGGCGAUGGACAAAGUCUCUGAGCUGGAGAAGAAGCUGCUCCACACCAACAAGGAGGCGGAGCUCCUGAAGGAGAGUCUUCAUGAGUCCAGCUCCCGGCUCCAGAACCAAACUCCAGAACUGGCUGGGCUCGGGUCUCUGGAGGCCUUGAAGGAGCUGCAGCUCGGCGUUCAGGUUCUGGUGGAGCAGGGUCUCCUCCGGGUGGAGCGCUCCACCUCUGGACAGCUGGAGGUCCAGGUGGUCCAUCAAGAGAUCCUCAGAGGUGAAGGAACAGAAGCUCCUCCUCCUUCCUCCUCGCCACCUUCAGUUGAAGCUCCGUCUCCCCCACCUCCUCCCCCUCCUCCUCCAUUAGCUCCGCCUCCUCCACAGCUUCCAGGAAGUGGUGUGACCCGGCAGACGGCGUCGACAGGCUGUAAACAAAAGAAACCCAUUCAGACCAAGUACCGGCUGCCGCUGCUGAACUGGGAGGUUCUGAAACCAGAUCAGGUGCCGGGAACCAUCUUCAGUGAACUGAACGACGAGCUGGUCCUGCAGGAGCUGAACAUGGACGCGUUUGAGGAGCAGUUUAAGACCAAAGCCCAGUCCCCCCCUGUGGACCUGGAGACCCCCAAGAGGAAGAUGACCUCCAAGUCUCCCAGUAAAGCGGGUCUACUGGAGCCCAACAGGGCCAAAAACCUGGCCAUCACUCUGAGGAAGGAGGGGACGUCCGUGUCGGACAUCUGCAGCGCCAUCGAGACGUACGACCUGGAGGCGCUGAGUCUGGACUUCCUGGAACUCCUGCAGCGCUUCGUCCCCACGGACCAGGAGAUGAAACUGAUCCAGAACUUCCAGGCCCAGGGCCGGUCUCUGGACGAGCUGAGCGAGGAGGAGCGCUUCAUGGUCCGCUUCGGUCGGAUCCCAGGGGUCUCCCAGAGGAUCCGGACCCUCACCUUCAUGGGGAACUUUGUUCCGAGCGUCCAGAACAUCCAGCUGCAACUGAACGCCGUCAUCGCCGCCUCCAUGUCCAUCAAGUCCUCUGACAAACUGAAGAAGAUCCUGGAGAUUAUUUUGGCGUUUGGAAACUUCAUGAACAGCAGCAAGCGAGGCCCGGCGUACGGCUUCCGCCUGCAGAGUUUAGAUCUGCUGCUGGACACCAAGUCCACGGACCGCCGGCAGACGCUGCUGCACUUCAUCGUGAGCACCAUCCAGGACAGAUACCCGGAGCUGCAGAGCUUCCACACCGAGCUCAACUUCCUGGACAAGGCUGCGCUCGUCUGGUUGGACAGUGUGCUGCUGGACCUGAAGGAUCUGCAGGGCGGGAUGGAGGCGAUGAAGACUCAGGUCCCUGCAGAGGAAGAUCCUGCUGUCCUGCAGGACUUCCUCCGCAGGAACUCUCAGCUGCUCGACUCUCUGAUCGCCGACGGCAGAACCGCUCAGGAGGUCUACGAGUCAACCGUGAAAUACUUUGGAGAGGAUCCUAAAAGCAGCCCGCCCACCGUGUUCUUCCCGGUUUUCGUCAGGUUCAUCCGGGCGUUUAAGCAGGCCGGGCAGGAGAACAAACAUGUCCUGGUCUCUGAGGUGCCAUCGACUCCAACUAAACCUGAACCCACAGGAAACCAGGGUCCGCUCAAGUCCAGACUGCCUCAGAUGGACGUGAUCGCCGAGCUGAAGAGGAGACAGGUGUCCUCUCAGGUGAGGGAGGAGAAGGACGGCGCCAUCGAGGACAUCAUCACAGAUUUACGGAACCAGCCGUACAGACGGACGGACGGCGUUCGGCUCAGCUCCAAGUGGAAGCGGGGUCAGCAGCUGCAGGUUUCCUCCGACAUCUCCCUCUGAGCCGCUGCAGCUUGUCCACCUAAAUA